UCAAGCAACGGCAGACGCUCCCUACUUAUUAUACCGGCAUCCGACAUCCGAUCGAACCGAAUCAUUUUCUCCGCAAAACGACUUUCCAUCCUGCCCCGCUUCAGACGACACUCGCCUAGGUCGCUUGACUUGCUUCUGAUCACUAGCGCGUAUGACACGGAUAUGGAACAGAUCUGACUACCGCCCAGCUUGUUGUAGUGUGGGAGCGGAAUUCGACGGAUCAUUAGCCUCCCGGCCCCGACCGCCAACCGUCUCAGAGCCAUGUCGGCGCCAUCAGCCCGACAUGGCCGAACACAAUCACUUCAGGAGCGAUCCAAUUCGCAAACUAACAAACCGGGUAUCCGCCUCGUCCCGUACUCCCCGCCCCGGCUCGACCCCGAGGACCGGGCGCCAAGCCAGGCGUCAUCCCGAGAGAAUCGCAGCUCAGGACAUUUCAACGACCAGGCCAGUAGCAAUGCUUCUCACUCGAGGCGGACGAGCUGGAGAGAUGAGGUGACAGAAGGCCAGGGGUCCGCAUUGUCGUCGCCCACGGCCCGGCGUUCCUCAUUGGCGAGAUCCAGGGAUGAGAGGGUUUCAGGGGUGAAACCUCUGGGCAGCCCCUCGACCCUGGGCCCCGCUGGGCCAACCGCACCGACGCUGAGGUCACCAUCUGAAGUCUCAGCUAAUACUGCAGACUUUAAUGCACCCGCGCCGAGGCGCUCCCGCGCAGAAUCAUCUCCCUCACCAGCCACUGCUCACUCCCGGCGCUCACGGUCCGACUCGCGUCGAGGCACCUUGCGACUCGCCGUCCACCCCAACGGAACCUUCUCGCUCGUGCCCGAAGAGCCGCAAUCCGACGUCUCUGAUAGCGCCGCUGAUAGCACCGCCGAGAGCACCACCGAAAGCCUAACAUCGCCUCACCCGUCGUACACCUCCAGGACACCGAGCGCCCAGGACUGCCCUUCGACUGACACGUGGAGCGAACGACGUGCGAGUACCCCGUUAACAGGCGCGAGCACCGUGGUACUCGACCAGAGCUUUUCUGAGCACCGACACUCCACACCAUCGUCCCGUGCUUCUUCGUCCACUCAGUUAGCUGAGGAUCCUAGUUCUUCGUCCCCUUGGAACUACCGCUUGGUCGGUGGCCUCCGGAAGGUACCUUCAACCCCCGACAAUAAGGGGAAACAACCGGUGUACAGUUCAUCGACGUCGUCGUCCGAGACGCAGCUCGCCCCGCUCCCGGAAACUUCCUCCCCCCGCGACGAAAAGGAAGAAGGCACACCUACGCGGACCGUGGUGCGGAAAACAUCAUUCGCAUCCGGCGUAUCCAACCAAACGAUCCAGACCGUUUCCGAAGCGACAAAUUACAAGGUGUAUGGCCCUGGAUCCGUUGCGCAAGAGUCCAGAGAUAGCCUUGCCUUCAACUCUGCAACCCCCUCCAACUGGGAAGUCUUGGCCCAAUCCUCACCUGCUCCAGCGUUUCCGAGCAGACCGACCACCGCUUCUCACGGCGGUGACGAGAACUACGUAUUACACGGCGCUCCAUCCGUGUCCCCGUCCUCGUCCCUCGUUACCGUCGCCAAAAAGCCUCGCCCGGUGUACUCUCAGGAGAGCUUGGUUGUUGCACCUUUAAGGCCAGCGAAAAAGACGUCGUACGAGAGAUUUGGCUACUACAAACAACGGUCCCGUGAGACUCUCCGGUCCCGCACCGGAUCUGUCCAGUCGCUCAAGAGCUUGUCAUCCAUUAUCACCAACCAAGAUCCCACCCAGGCGUUGUUGACAGGGCCCGUGGUACUCAACCUCGGUACAUCGUCGAACCAACGCUUCCCAUGGUCGAUUCCUGAGAGGUCAUCGUCCAGUUCUUCCAAUCCCCAGGUCAUCACCCUCCGGCCGCCGGGCCCAAUGCUGCAGUCCCAGCCUCAUCAAUGGAGCUCCCAGCUAUCCACAGUCAUGUCCGAGAGCGAGGGGGGUAGCGAUCCCGCGCGCUCCGUCUCGCCCCUCUCAGAGGGAAGCGGAGGGCACCGUCGGCGCCGCAGCAGCACUGGCUGGGUGAGCUCCAUGCACAGCCGCCAAUUGGCAAGUAUAUCGUCAUCCAUGGCUGGACAACUCGACGAGGCCGCAACCACGUCGGCCAGCGACUCGCUUGAGAGGCCGCUCCCAAGCCACGCGAGAGCGGGGCCUUCACAGAUCCGCAUGGUACGAGACCAAGACGAGCACGGGGAUGGAUUGGCGGAUUUGGAACACAGACCAUCAAAGACAGGACUGGCCGCGCUUUUCGCCAACGGCGCGAGCUGGAAUCUGCAUUCGAACUCGAGCUCUCGGGCCAACAGCUUCAACUCGACAAUCCCAGCCUGGGCUAGGGUUUACUACGGCUCUGGCGAACGACGGUUCCUUGGCCGGCGCCCGUCUUUCCUGACCAUGUCCGACAGUGGAGAUAGCCGACCGCCCAGCUCGGGCAUGCUCGGCAGCGAGUCCCCGAAUACCGACAACUUCCCCCAGGCCAUCUUCAGCCCACGGAGGCGGGCGAGAGAAGUUCAACCGAACACGGGUCAACAACGCUCUCCCGAUCAGGCCUCCAUGGAAAUCUCGCCAGCCCCCCAGGGUCACAACUACCACGUCUUUAGGACGCUCAAGCAAAAGACGUCCAGCAUUUGGUCUCCACAUCUCCAGACGGAUCGUCGGGCGACCCGAUACAGCGUCUGGGAUCCGCCGAGCGUGAGCUGGUCAGCCGACAGCGGUAUUCUCGGCAGAAGGAACGCCCAGGUGUUGCUGUUUAUUGUUGGGUUUAUUUUCCCUCUGGCUUGGAUGGUUGCCGCCAUCCUUCCGUUGCCCCCCAACCCGAAGCUUCAAAUGCUCGACGUCGAGAGCGGCGAGAACAAGUACACCUCCACCCACCCCGCCUUCCGAUACCAGAAAUAUGCCGUCGACGAAACCAAAUAUGAGAGCGCUAGAUGGUGGCGUAACCUUAAUAGGGGGAUGUCCAUCAUCGGCCUUCUCAUCAUCGGCGCUGUCGUCGCGUUAGCAAUCAUCGGUGUCCGGCAGGGUUGGGGCCAUUAAAUCCAGGGAUCGACCUCGACCACAGCCAUCAAUGUUCGCCUCGCGCCGCCCGCGCUUCCUAUCACGUCCACCUCCCACACCCACAAUCCAACACCUUGCACACCUUGCACCCCAGUAUAUAUAUACACCCACAUGCCUCCCACGGAGCACGACCUUUACGAACGGAACACAUUCCACGAACGGAGCGAAGGAGGAUUUUCGUUUUCCAGCGCCUGAACGGUUUCUUACAUCGGAUAUUCUCUCCCUCACUGCACACAUCGCAUCAUCAGCGUCAGCGACACACAAU